AUGUGUGGCCCUCUAAUUAAGUUUGAGUUUUCACCAUGCGAUGCUCCGAUUUUCAAUUUAGCAGAGAAAGUUAUCGACAAGGUGCCCCAGUGUGGAGAUGUAUACAUACAUCUAAGUCAGUUUUUACGUCGUCCCCAAAGUCCUCAUUUUGAUGUCUCUAGUGUCACCUUAAAUGCUGCAUACCUUGACCUUGGAUAUCUACUCAAUGCUGAUCUAACCAUGCUUGCUAACUUCACAAAUCCAAACAAGAAGGUACACGUGGACUUCAGCUCCGUGAUCAUCUAUCUCUACUAUGGAAGUACCCUCAUUGCCACUCAAUAUGUUGAGCCCUUUUCGGCUGCAAGGCUUCAAUCAAGGUUUGCAAACAUCCACAUGGUCUCUAGUCAAGUUCAGCUGCCAUUAAGAGAGAGCCAGCGCCUUGUUAAGCAAAUGGAAAGCAAUGGCGUUUUGCUUGAAGUCAGAGGAGUUUUCCGUGCAAGGUCCAAAUUGGGAAGCAUCUUGAGGUAUUCAUAUAAUCUCUAUGGCCGUUGCAGCGUCAUGCUAACACGCCCCCCUGACGGAAUUUUGCUCAAAAAGAAAUGCAGAACGAAACGCUGAAGCUAUAUUUUAUCACCACAGAUGCUACUGUAUGUCAUCGUAUUCUUUUUUAGUCCUUCAAAACUGGGGGGUUUUCAUCUUACUAAUUUGCCUCUUCCCCUGAAAAUAACAUCUUUGAAGGUUAGCCUUUUUCUUUUUAC